AAAAGAGGGGUUUGGUUAUGGCAAACGGACACGGUGAUGGCCAAAACUCCACAUAAAGCAAACGUGAUGGGUGAGCUCAGAGGGGCUCGCUAUAUAAACAGCAACAUGUGGAGGAGAUGCGCUCAAGUUUCCUGACACGCGGGAUGCGAUGAUCAGAUCUGAACAAAAGAGCGCAAAUGGUACCCAAAACAUGACGCGCUCCUGCGCUUGAGCGGCGCGUGGAUUAUUGUCGCUGUUGUUACUAAUAUGAGUGGCCAUGGCUUGGCGUGACCGUGGAGUUCAGAUGCUGCUGGCCACCGUCGGGGCUUUUUUGGCGUUUAGUUUGAUGAGCAUCGCCAUCGGGACCGACUAUUGGCUUUAUUCUCGGGCUUAUAUCUGUAACGCCACCAACACCACGGCGGACGAGACGCAGACGCAACCCAAGAAAGUCCGCGGAGAUCUCACGCACUCCGGGCUUUGGAGGAUCUGCUGUAUUGAAGGUCUCAACAAAGGAAGUUGUUACAGAAUCAAUCAUUUCCCUGAUGAUAAUGAUUAUGACACAGACAGCUCUGAAUAUCUCCUACGUAUCGUGCGUGCCUCCAGUAUGUUCCCCAUCCUCUGUACCAUUCUACUGAUGCUGGGGGGUCUGUGUGUCGGGGUGAGCCGUAUCUACAGCAAGAGGAACAACAUAUUACUGAGUGCUGGGAUACUGUUCGUGGCAGCAGGUCUGAGCAACAUCAUCGGCAUAAUCGUCUACAUCUCCAGCAACGCCGGAGACCCCAGCGACAAGCGGGAUGAGGACAAGAAGAACCAGUAUAACUACGGCUGGUCUUUCUACUUCGGCGCGCUCUCGUUCAUCGUGGCCGAGGCCGUGGCCGUUCUGGCCGUCAACAUAUACAUCGAGAAGAACAAAGAAGUACGUUUCAAAGCGCACCGAGAGUUCAUCAAGUCUACCUCUUCUUCUUCUCCGUACUCCCGCAUGCCCAGUUUCCGCUACCGCAGACGGCACUCGCGCUCCAGCUCUCGUUCCUCUGAAGCUUCUCGCGAGGCGUCACCCGUGGGGCUCAAGAUGAUGAGCUCAGCGCCUUUAGGAGAAAUUAACAUGUACACGUUGACAAGAGAUCCCCUCAAGUCAGGGACGGACAGCUCGUACAGCCCUGACCACGAUUCUGGAUUCCUCCAAGUGCACAACUGCUUUUCCAAAGACCUUAAUGACGGUGUCAACAGGAGGACAACGCCCGUAUGAGGCUACAAAUUGGAGAACCGUUUGGUAAGGAUAGCCAGUUGGGGUCGGUGGCCUGUGACAGAUGCCGGAGGAAAGGAUUCUCAUCGGUGCAGCCAGUCAAGAAAUGGCACGGCUCGUUGGUGAAGGAGAAGCACUGUGUUAAGAAGAACAGAUUUGGUUUUGGAUUGCUGGUGUGUGUUUUGGAGAAUGUUGGGAAUCUUUUGAGAAGUUGGAAAUUCUCAGAGACUCUUUGAGACUAGACGUGAAGCGAACGGUCUUCGAACGAUACAGCAUUUAAACUUCAUAUAAGCCACUCAAUGACUCUGUCGAUAAAUAUAUUUUGCGUUUGUCAGUACAGUGCCAUACUCCUAAUGUAUACCGAUAUGAAAAUGACUUAUGAAUUAUUUGGUGCUAAUGUUGGCUCACAGCUGAAGCCUUCCCCUCCAAGUGUGUUUAGCUCGAACCCGAGUUGAAUACUGAACGUCUUUGCACAUGUCCUGAUGUUUGUAGCCAUAGUUGUCUAGUCCUCAUUGUGCCUAUCAGCUUGGCAGUGCUCACACUUACUCUAGAGCCACUUUCAAACAGCUGCAGAGUUUCUCGGUUUGUGUCGUUGUAAAACUACUGUAGGAGUAUUAGUUAAAGGUGUUGUGAGUGAUCCUCAGACGUAUCCACUGAAGUACACAUGCGUUUUGCUUUUUGUGUAGUAGAUCGAACUGUUUUGAUCUUCUUGUGUCCCAUAUUUUGGCUGCCCUUACAAGAGGAAAUAGAUUGACCAGCAGAAAGUUGGCUCAAAGUAAAAAAUUUUAAGCUGCUUACAAAUUCUAGGGAGUCACACAGAUGGAAGUGAUGUUUUAUAACACAUGUUACAGUGAUAGGUAUCUAUAGAAAAUCACUUACAGCACCUUUAAUUUGUAAAUGUUCACUGGCUAAGGGAUUCACGAUUGUUAUUGUACACACUGCUGAAAAAGACCGGUUUAGACCAGUGGGAAUUUCCAUGUCUGUGUAUUCUGGUUUAUGCUGGUUGUUGCUGGUCUAGCUGGUUGACCAGGAUAGUCUGGUGAAACUUGUUGAUGAAGGAACACUCCUAAAAAUAAAGGUGCUUAAAAAGUUCCUCACAGCGAUGCCAUAGAAGAACCAUUUUUCUGGUUCCACAAAGAAGCAUUCAGUGUACGGUUCUUUAAAGAACCAUCUCUUUCUUCGUUUUUUAUAAUCUGAAGAACCUAUUUUUGCCACAAAGAACAUUUUGUGAAACACAAAGGUUCUUCAGAUGUUAAAGGUAGGGAUGCACCGAUAUGUAAUUUUUUGUCGAUAACCGAUAAUUAUUUAACAUUGGAAGCCGAUAAUCGAUAUAUUGGCCGAUAUACAGUAUCUAAAUAUUAAUAUGACAUUUUCUGAGACUGAAAAAAAGGCAAAAAAAGUGGACAACUGCUUUUAUUUGAAACAUUCACUGUAGAAAACAAGGUUAAAAAUCAUUAAUUCUCUUUUCCCCCCGAAAAUCAUGUACCAAACCUACUUUUAGGGUUGGGAAUCGAAAAUCAAUUCCAAUUUGGAAUCGGAAUCGAAAGGCUAGGAAUCGGAUCGGAAUCGAAAGGAAUAGGAAUCGGAUACUUGAGAUUAAAAUUUGAAUUCCUCUUAUCAAUCCCUGUGUGCAUACUUUCAGAAAAGUACAUGCGUUGCAUGAUCUGCUGAUAUCUCAAUAAAAGCCCUUAUGAAAAUUAUCGAUAUUUUUUACUAUAGUGAGCAUAGUUUAGCUAUAGAAUUUGCAUUAAAGCACAGGAAUCACAAAUUAACCAUUGUUGCAUUAUGGUAACUGCAGUUUAACCAUGAUGUAGUUCAACCAUGAUAAUACAAAUUGUAAUAAAUCAGAAAAGGUGUGUUUCUAUGUGUAAAUAUACACAAAACGGUGCUCAUAAAUAUAUAAAUAUAUUUUGCAAACAAGUCAAUAAGCAGGCUAAAUGACCAUACAGGUUGAUAUCUAAAUGUUUUACUUCAACUGUGGAAUCGAAACUGGGAAUCGAUAAGAAUCGAAAUCGAUAAGCAGAAUCGGAAUUGGAAUCGAUAAAAUUGAAACGAUUCCCAACCCUACCUACUUUACACUAGUGAAAGAUUCUUUAACUUUUAAACUUUUCUGGUAUAAUGUUUACUAAAUAAUCAAAUGAUAGAUGUUCUUCCAGAGCAACCCAGAAAAGUGUUCUUAGCCACGAGUCUAACAGGUCUCAAGACAGAAAGCAUUCAGACAGCAGUCUGAUUCAAACAAAAUGCUUUUGUUCCUAUAAUUUACACAUUCGUAAAUCUCUACAUAAUGUAGGCCUACCUACUGUACAUCAACAAUGUUUUACACUGCUAACAGCAGUAAGUGAAUGAUCAUGACAGAAAGACAGUGCUGUACUGGGUUUUAACUGUGAGCUGAGUACGAUAACAUUAAAACUGACCAUUUAUCGGUCAAUACCGAUAUAGCCGAUAAUUGAUCAUGCAUCCCUAGUUAAAGGUUCUUUAUGGAACCAAAAGGUUCUUCUAUGGCAUCGAAGAACCUUUUGAAGCAACUUUUUUAAGAGUGAAGUCUUGGUUUACGUAAAUCGGUAUUGGCAACCAAUGUUACCUCUCUAUUGAGACAUAUUUCAGAGUAAAGCAGGUCAUACAGUAAGAAUUUUAAAUUUGCGUUAGAUACAAUGUUAGUUAUUGAUGAAUUAUUUUCUUUAGCAUAAUUUGUGCUGGUAAAUGAUGCGCAAUAAGAGCAUCAUCAUAAGUCUGUUGACUUAAACUUGAUACAAAGUCUGUUGGAGAUAUUAGUGUCUUAUUCUGGGGACCAUCGUCCAAGAAACAUAUGAUCACCAAUGGUUGGUGGUCUCUUCAGCAGGGCAGAUCCACAGUACUCAACACAUUGACAUGUGACUACGGUGGUCAACAAUCAACAGUCAGUAGUUAACCAGCCAGUGUUGUUUCCUCCCAUUGUGAAUCUGUCAAAGAGUGAUGUUGUAUAAUCUCUGCCGAAGUUUAACUUCUUCUUGGUAUUUGUCUGAAUGUGGGUUAAACAUAGCCACGCCUUCUCGCGAAUUUGAGUGAUGGCCGUGUUGCGUCUGAAUGGACCACCACUGGGGAUCUGACAUUGUGUGAGUCCACUGAUAAAAGGAUGCUGAGAAAUGUCAGACAUCAGGAAAUGAAAGACCAUUUUUGGAGUUGGUCAGCCCAGAGAAGCGUCUCAGAGACAGCUGAUAAAUAUCUAGACGAGAGCAGCAUUAGAGACAUCAGUGUGGCCGAUCCAGCCCUUUAGAAGACCAUUCAAAGUGUCUUACCCUCACCAGAGCCUUACGCCUGGAGUUGACAUCAUAACCUUCUCCCCUCCUUUGUUUCAUCUCCGUCCCGUGUCCAGGCUCCUUCGUGGAAAGUCAGUUUUCCAACAGUGGUCUCGGAAGAUUUCAUUAUCCGCACGAGUGGUCAAAUUCAUGUCGCUAAAAUUGUUUCCUCAGCUGGAGGAAACAGCUAGCUGUAUAUAUCUGGUAGGUGUGUGACUAAAUCAAAGCAUUUACUGCCACACGUUUUCUUAGUAAAGCCAUUAUGACCUGAGCUUUAAGCCAUGGCUUUGUAGAGCGGUGUGUGAUGGGUAGGUGUAAAUGUUUGCAUGUUUUUCUUUACCCCAUUCACUUUGUGCUUUUAACAGUAUUAUUAACAGAUGGAUCUCACUGCCAAGCAUCAAGCACUAUAAAUUCCUGUAAUGUUCUCUCUGUUCAUGGAAGGCAUUUAGCCAUUUUCUUGAUUUAAUAAUGUUGAUCUCAGUAUUUCUCUGUACCACAGAUGAUGUCAACAUAUCGUUGCUCACCUAAAUAAAGUAAACCGGGGUGUGUUGUCUCGCUCGUGUAUUUGUGAUUUGUUAUGUGUCUGGUGUGUUUUGCAGAACAAGUGCAAUGCAGAAAUUGAUUUCAAACUCAUUUUAAACAGUAUUUUGUCUUCUUUUCCAGUUGUAAUAUAUCCAAACGGGUUAAAUGGCUUUGGUAAGGUCACGUAAACAACAGAAAUUUGUGUUAAAUAUAAUGUUAUUACACAUUGAAG